CAUUACGUCUGCAAUUAGGUGUAGUAUAGCUUAAUUUAAUGUAUUACUCAAUAAAUGCAUUAUUUAAUAGUCGCAAAUAGUUAUUAUUGUUAAAGAAUUGAUAAUAAGUUAGGAAGUUUGAAGCUCUUUCACGUUGUUAAUUAAGUCAGUCACUCGUAGAGGCUCCACAGCGCUACACGUUUGUCAAGGUUUAUUUUUAAAACUUCCAUAGUGCAUCGUUGUUUUUUAUUUCUCUCCUCUUUGGUGUUUUUAUCAGUUUAGUGUAUCAAUUAAUUGUAUAAGAACUCAGUGAAGAUAAUGUUAUAUUUUGUUUGAGAUACUGUUUUGCAAAUAAAUAUUGUGAAACAGUCGGCUUCCUUGGUUUCUUGCCGUGCCAAUGACGUAACACAGACCCACAAAAAUGAAGGACACAGAAUUAAAAUUACCUACGCGCAAUGUACUAACCGGCGCCGUUGUGAACUGGGAAGAUGAUGAGCUAGGCUUCGGAGACAGUCCGAAUAACCUGACGUUGGCAUGGAAAGACCUGUCCGUUUAUAGGAAGAAGAAAACACAAACCAGUAUAUGGAGAUCGCCGGUUUAUGAAGAAAUUAGGGUUUUACAUGGAGUCAAUGGAAUCGUUUCGUCAGGAAACUUAGUCGCUUUAAUGGGGUCUAGUGGUGCCGGCAAGACCACACUCCUAGCUGCCAUCAGCCGUCGCGACAAGAGCGCGAUGACUGGCUACCUCAUGCUGAACGGCAGACUGGCUGGCGCAGACCUGAUAUCGAGGAUAUCUGGCUUCGUACCUCAGGAAGACUUGGCUAUCGAGGAUCUAACGGUCGAUGAGCAUAUGGAGUUUAUGGCCCGAAUGAUGAUGGACAAGCGAUCAACAAAGGGAGUAAGAGCAAGACGUGUUCAGCAGCUACUAAGUGAAUUAGGAGUCAACAACUGCACUAAAACUAAGCUCAAAGCCCUCUCUGGAGGAGAGCGGAAAAGAGUCUCAUUGGCAGUACAGCUUUUAAACGACCCUCCAAUAUUAUUCUGCGAUGAGCCCACAACGGGCCUUGACAGUUGGGCAGCCGCAGCUGUAGUAGGUCGCCUUAGGAAGUUAGCUAUAGGAGGAAAGCUGGUAGUCUGUUCGGUACACCAACCGGCUUCUGGAGUCUUCGAGCUGUUCCACCAAGUUGUGUUGUUGGCUAAUGGGAGGAUUGCCUUCCAUGGAACUAUUGAACAGGCUGACACGUUCUUUGCAUCCCUAAACUUCAAAUGCCCCCUCGGUUUCAACGCAGCAGAGUACUACAUAUCCCUGCUCGGUAUACAAAUUGACAAAGAAAUGGAGAGCAGGGAGCGAAUCAGGCGCAUUUGUGACGAAUACUCAAGAUCUGAUAUAGCAGCCGAGAUCGAUAGCAAAGUCGGCAAUGUUAAGGAUGAGAACGAGUAUUUUAAUGGCGAAACUGAUGAGAAGGAUCAGUAUUAUGAGCGAUAUGUAACUCUAGUCAAAGUGAAUUACUUCGUACAAUUCUAUUGGCUGAUGUGGAGGAAUGUCCAAGCUCUAAAGCGUAACUACAGCAUUUGGAUCGCCGAGUUCUUUUUACUUAUGUUCGUAGGGCUGAUAAUCUCAGUCCCCUACCACGGUCACUUCGACGAACUGGACCAGCGCGACAUACAGAACGUGGAAGGUUUGCUCUACCUGACCAUCACGGAGACGAUAUUCCUCUUCAUCUAUGCUGUCUUCAUCACGUUCCCUAGUGAGGUGCCGAUACUGUUGAGAGAAACGGCCAGUGGGCUGUAUUCGCCGUUACCUUAUUAUUUGUCGAAGAUGAUAUUUUGGAUACCUCGAGCAGUAAUAGAACCGACUCUCUUCACGACCCUAAUAUUCUUGAUAGCGGGACUCCACGGCGGUUUCAUGGGCUGGCUAGGAUUCAACUUCGUCUGCAUUCUAUGUGCUAACUACGCGAACGCUUAUGGCUCGUUCCUAUCAGCGACGUUCAACUCUAUGGAAACUGCUGCUCUCGUGUCGGUACCGUUCGAACUCGUUGGCACUAUGUUCUCUGGCCUUUACUUGAACUUAGCUAGCGUUUCUCCAUACUUAUCUUGGCUAAGAUACAUAUCAGGCUUCUACUACGGCGUCGAAAGCAUUUCUAUACUUCAAUGGGAUUCUAUUGAAACUAUUGACUGUGUAGUCAUUGACGGCAUGCCUUGCAUAAGAACAGGGCCAGAAGUAUUGAGAAGAUUCGGGUAUGACGAAGAUCAUUUCUGGCGAAACUGUCUAUGUUUGUUCAGCAUGUACUGCAUAGGACACUUCAUAGCCUUCCUUAUGGUAAUCAGAAGGAGUAGGGGCACACCUGUAUAUUAGAAAAGAGUUCAAUUGUAUAUAGUUCGUAACCAUAGUGUCUAUUAGUGCUGUUGCUUAAAAUAUGCCCGUGCCAUAAAGGUUGACAGGGUAACAGUUAAAUAUUGUUUUAAGUAUAAAUAAGUCGCCUUAUUUUAUUGGUAAAGAGGUCUUGAGAAAAUAAAAAUAGUCUUAAUACUCAGCGAGAA